AUGCCCCCUUCGCCCUCCAUCGUCGAGCCCCUUCGCCCUCCAUCGUCGAGCCCCGUCCAGCCGCCGUCGUCCAGCGCCUUUCCCUUUCUGGCAGCCACCGUGUCUUUCUCCACUCCUCUCUGCACUCUGCCACUCUCUGUCUGCAUCAUCAAGAAUGGAGCCUCUGACUCAGAUUGUGAGAAUGGAAAGCUACUAGAUUGGCUAAAGCGUUUUCGUAUCAUCAAUGGGAUUGCCAGAGAUCUUCUUUAUUUUCAUCAAGAUUCAAGACAUAGAAUAUUUUAUAGAGAUCUCAAGGCUGGGAAUGUUUUGUUAGAUGAUGAAUUGGAUCCUAAAAUCUCGGACUUUGGAAUAGCAAGAAGCUUUGUAGGAAAUAAAAGCGAAGCAAAUACAAGACAUAUUGUUGGAACUUAUGGCUAUCUACCACCAGAGUACAUAGUUGGUGGGCUGUAUUCAACAAAAUCUGAUGUCUGUAGCUUUGGUGUACUAAUAUUAGAAAUAGUUAGUGGGAAGCGAAAUAAAGGAUUCAUCGAUAUUGACCACUACUUUAAUCUUCUUGCCGAUGCAUGGACACUUUUAGCCAAAGGCAAGUGCUUAAAAAUAGUUGAUGCAUCGAUCAGAGACUCAAUUAAUUUGCCAGAAGUCAUAAGAACAAUUCAUGUCAGUUUACUAUGUGUGCAACAAAAUCCAGAAAAUCGACCAAGCAUGUCAUAUGUGCUUAUGAUGCUGAGUAGUGAAUGGGAACUACCUCAGCCAAAGAAGCCAGGGUUCUUUAUUGAGAGAGAUGUGGUUGGUGACCAUUCUACAUUAAGCAACAAUGAACUCACGGUUACUCAGGUCCAUGCGCGUUAGAAUUUGAUUAAAAAUUUAUUCUGCAGGAUCUCAACAUUAAGCUCAAGGAUGAUAUUGAUAAUUGGCCAAUUCAACUUACAAUAAAUGACAUUUCUCAUAACAAUAGCAAAAUGCU